AUGAACAUAACAACAUUUCGGAACCACAGCUGGCAUGGAGACCUCUUUAAAGACACACCCUCAAGAAUUGCCAUUAUGGUGAUGCAUUCAGUACUGACUAUUAUGGGAAUUGCAUUUAAUAUUUUUAUUUGUGUUUCACAUUACUUGAUGAAAACCCCGCUGAAAAAGUUCAACAUAUGCUUUGUCAAUCUAUGUGUGACCAACAUUGUAAUGCUUACUGGUCUUCUGCCUAUGUUAGCAAUUGAUAUGCAUAAAAAUCCUGAAUUAUCCGCAACAUUUCUGACUGAUAUAUUUUGUGGUUUCUCACAAGGGCAGUGUUUUUCUUUUGUUGGCAUAUUUAGUGGUAUACAUACUUUGAGUGUGAUGUCAAUCUCGCGUUAUUUAGCAGUAAAGAAGCCAUUUAGAUUGGGUCUGACGAAAAAGAAAAUGUUAAAGUUGCUGUGUUUCGAUUGGAUUGUGUGUGUUAUCCUGCAUUUUCCAAAUGCAAUCUUAUGGCGACAUCACGAUGGUUUUUGUUACAGAUAUUGGAAAUGGGGAACAACUUUUAAAGUGGUGUAUGUUUUUACCUUGUAUGUUGUUGGAUUAGUUGUGCCAAUUAUUACCAUGCUUGUGGCGUUUGUUUUAACUGUUUGGGAAUUUUUCCAUGGCGAGAUAACAUCGAUUCAAACUGCGAAACUCAGAUAUCGCAAACGAAUAGUUGUGUUGACUGGCACACUGAUCAUCUUAUGGAUAGUAUCACAUAUUCCUUACGCUGUUUAUUGGUUGUUGUCAGUGGUUGGUCAUUUUCCGUUUACAUACCAUGGAGAAAUCAAGCGGCAAAGAUGGAAAUGGUUUGCGUACUUUCCUGCAAUAGUAAAUGCAAUUCUCGAACCAAUCCUAUUCGGUGCGUUUAGCAGCGAGUUUAAAAAGUCUAUUCGAGUCAGUUUCACACUACGAAAUUCACAAAUGCGUACAUAA